ACGCCCACACCCACCCACACCCACACCCCACACCCACACCCACACCCUGCUAGUACACCAACACAAACUUAUCCUGAACCAUCACAAACAUCAAUACAUCAACAAACACAAUUACCAUUAAGCAUGGAUUCAAUAUUAGGUAGAUUAAUUCUAUAGUUAAACUUUUUAUAGAUAUUAAUUUGAAUAAUAAUUAUUCAAUAUUCAAAAAUAAAAUAACAAUAAGAAUAUCUUUUUUUUUUAUUUAGUAUCAAAUAUAAAUUUAAAUCGUCGUCAUUUGGGUUAUAAUUUUGAAGAACGUAUUCAACAACGACAUCAAAGUUUUGUUGUUACUGCUGAUAAUCGUCAUAUAAUAUCAACUGGUUAUUGGGACAAAAGUUUUCGUGUACAAAAUACUGAUAUAGCUAAAAUUACACAAGUACUAUAUGGUCAUUUUGAUAUUGUUACAUGUGUAGGUCGUUCAGAAGUAACUAUUGCUGGAAAUUGUUUUCUUGCAACUGGUUCACGUGAUUGUACAGUUUGUAUUUGGAUAUGGAAUGAUACAAAAGGUGCAAUAGUUGAUCGUGAAUAUUCAAAUCAAGAAAUCAAUCCAUCACCAGCAGCAAUUUUAACUGGUCAUGAUAGAGAAAUAACAUGUUUAUGGAUAUCAGCUGAACUUGGUAUUGUUUUAAGUGGUAGUGAACAAAGUCUUGUACUUCAACAUACACUUAAUGGUGAUAUAUUACGUUCAUUUGAAAAUCCAUCAAAAAUAUCUACACCACGUCUAUUAUCACCAUCAAAUGAUGGUGAUAUUAUUGUUUGUUAUGAUCGUUCAAAAUUAUGUUUAUAUACAUUAAAUGGAAAAUUAAUGAGACAAGCAAUAUUUGAAGAUGAAACUAUUCAAUGUAUGGUUUUAAAGGUUGGUAGACAAUAUACACUUAUUGGUGGUGAUCUAGGUUUUGUACAAAUCAUUCGAACACAUGAUUUACAACCUGUUUAUG